UUUUUUCUCUUUUUUUCUAUUGUAAUCUCUCAACAUGCGCAAUUUAAUGCUGCUGCUCGUUGCCGCAACGGUUGUUUGCGUUGCGAGUCUGGCGAGUGCGCUUGCGCCGACAUCCUUUGUCGUGCAUGAGACGUUUUUGAGCGCUCACUGGCAGGACGCGACAACGGAGGCCAAGCAGCGGUUUGUCGACCAGGCAUCGCAGGAGGCCAUUCGCGAUAUUCCCGACGUACAAGUGCUCGCUGCCGACCUGCUCAUCCAUCGCAUCAUCCCCAACCACGACAAGGACUUUGUCUUGUCGCUGAUUCCCCUUGCGAACGGCACAGAACACGUCUUUGAAGUGGAAAGCAAUUCGACUGCCAUUUUCCUGCGCGGAUCCUCUGGCGUUGCGCUGUCAUCGGCUUUCAACUACUACUUGAAGUACGUCUGCAACGCCAGUCUCUCGUGGUCUGGGGAUCAGCUCAACAUCCCAACGACCCUGCCUCGCGUCCCUGCCAAGGUCCGCUCUGUCAGUCUCUUUGAAUGGAACUACUACAUGAACGUCUGCACAGUCAGCUACUCGAGCGUGUGGUGGGAGUUUGCCCGCUGGGAGCGCGAGAUUGACUGGAUGGCCUUGAACGGAGUGACCAUGCCUCUGGCCUUCACCGGCCAAGAGUACGUGUGGCGCCGCCUGUUCCACUUGUUCAAUCUGACCGACUCGGACUUGUCGCCGUUUUUCGCGGGCCCUGCCUUCUUGGCCUGGGGCCGCAUGGGCAACAUCAAGGGCUGGGGCGGUCCCAUCUCGCUCGAGUGGAUUUACAAGCAACGCAAUCUGCAGGUGCUCAUCCUCCAGCGCAUGCGAACCUUUGGCAUGACCCCUGUUUUGCCGUCGUUUGCUGGCCACGUUCCGAGCGCGCUCGCCCAGCACUUCCCGAACGCAAACAUCACCCAAUCCUCGGACUGGAACAACUUCCCCGACCAGUACUGCUGCGUCGGCUUCCUGGACGCGUCCGACCCUCUCUUCACGCAGAUUGGUGCCGAAUUCUUGCGCCUGCAGAAUGAGACGUACGGCACCAACCACCUGUACAACUGCGACCAGUUCAAUGAGAUGACCCCGGCCAGCACCGAUCUUGGCUACCUCAAGCAGGCAGGUAUGGCCGUCUACCAAAGCAUGACCGCGUACGACCCGGCGGCGGUCUGGGUGAUGCAAGGCUGGCUCUUCUUCAACGAGGCGGCGUGGUGGAGCAACGACCGCGUCCAAGCCCUGCUCUCCGGCGUUCCAGACGACCACAUGAUCAUUCUCGACCUGUUUUCCGACGUGACGCCCGUUUGGAACAGACUCGAGUCGUACUAUGGCAAGCCAUUCAUCUGGAACAUGCUCCACGACUUUGGCGGCAACAUUGGCCUGUACGGCAUUCUGCCGUCCAUCAACGAGGGUCCGUUCGCCGCCCUCGCCACGCCCGGCAACACCAUGGUUGGCAUCGGUCUGACCCCGGAAGGCAUCAACCAAAACUACAUUCUGUACGAGUUCAUGAUGGAGAACAUGUGGCGCAGCGCGCCGGUCAACCUGCCGACGUGGGUGGACGCCUUUGUCGGGCGGCGCUACGGUCCCUCCACCCCCGCAGUUGCCAAACUUGCCUACCAGCAGCUUCUUCAGAGUGUCUACAACUGCACGAACGGCCAGUACUCGGUGACCAAGUCGCUGCUUGAAAUCCGUCCUGCCGUCAACAUGUCGCGCAACGGAUUCAUGCCCACCAACCUGUACUACGAUCCCGGCCACGUCAUUCUUGCUGUCGACCACAUCCUGGCUGCCGCCAAGAGUGCUCCCCAGCUUGCGUCCGUCGUGCCCUUCCGCUACGAUGUGGUCGAUUUCACGCGCCAAAUGCUCAGCAACCUCGCUAUUGACUUCCACAGCAACCUGACGCUUGCCCUGACCAGCAAGCAGGCGCAUCUCGUGCACCUCUACGGUCAGGGAAUUGUUGGGCUGAUUGCCGAUCUGGACGAGCUGCUGGUGUCGGACGCGCACUUCCUGCUCGGUCCGUGGCUCGCCGCCGCGCGCUCGUGGAGUGAAAACACUGCCGCGCAAGAUCUGCUCGAGUUCAAUGCUCGAAACCAAAUCACUCUGUGGGGCCCAAACGGCGAAAUCACCGAUUACGCCAGCAAGCAAUGGGCGGGCCUCAUGUCCUCCUACUAUCGGCCACGGUGGGAGCUGUUUGUGUCGUUUGCCUCCGCAGCUGCAGAGUCUGAUCUUCCGUUCAACGACGCUGCAUUCAACGCUGCCGUCCUUGAGGUCGAGAAGGCAUGGCAACACUCGCACCACAACUUUACCGUCACCCCUCUCGGCGAUUCCAUCGCCAUCGCUACUCGACUUCGGGCCAAGUACGAUGCGGUUUUGCGUGCCUCGACUCGGAUGUUGUAGGAGUCGUUUAUCUGGAUGUGACUUGGGUGAGAUGUUUUGUGUGUGUGUGUGUGUUUGUGUGUCUUUCAUCAAAAGUGAGUCGCUUGUUGCGAUUGUUCCAUCACC